AUGCCUACUUAUGCUAAAUUCAUCAAGGAUAUUAUCAUAAAGAAGAGAAUAUUUGAGGAUCAAGAGGUUGUGACUGUUAACUCGUGUUGUAGUGUGAUAAUUCAAAGAACUCUACCGAAGAAAGAAAGUGAUCCGGGAAAAGUUACUCUAUCGGUGACAAUUGGUAAUGUUUAUGUCGGUAAGGGGUUGAUUGAUUUGGGUUCUAGCAUUAAUUUGAUUCCAUUAUCUCUUGUGAAAAGAUUCGGAAACAUUAAUUUGAAAUCUACAAGGAUGACUUUACAAUUAGCCGACAAGUCUACCACUCAUUCUAUUGGGAUUACGGAAGACUUGUUAGAUAAGGUUGAUAAGUUCUUUUUCCCGGUCAAUUUUGUGGUAAUUGAUAUGGAGGAGGAUUAUGACACACCUUUAAUACUUGGAAGACCUUUCAUGAAAACCGCUCGGAUGAUGAUUGAUAUCGAUGACGGUUUAAUGAAAGUGAGAGUUUUGGAUGAAGAAGUGUGUUUUAACCUCUUUGAAGUGAUGAAGCAUUCCAAUGAUAAAAGUGUUAUAUCGAUGCUCAAUGUUGGCAAUACCUUUUGGAAAUGA